CCCAGAUCCCUAAGUGGCCCCCUGAAGGAUUGAACUCACAACCCUGGGUUUAGCAGGCCAAUGCUCAAACCACUGAGCUACCCCUCCCCCCAUCAGAGGUUCCACUCUCCAAAAUCCUGGGCUGCCUGUUGGAUUGGAAAACACAGGGUCUAGCAGUGAAUCCAGGGCAGGUCUACACUUAAAAUGCUGCAGCUGUGCAGUUGCACCACUUGAUUAAAGAUACUACUAUGCCAACGGGAGAGCUUCUCCAGUCAGUGUAGUUAAUCCGCUUCUGUGAGAGGCGGUAGCUACGUCGACGGGAGAAGCCCUCAUCUUGACGUAGUGUUGUCUACACUGGGGCUUAGGUUGGUAUAACUGUUGCUCAGGGUUGUGAAAAAUCCACACCCCGAGUGACUUAGUUAUACUGAUGCCAGGUCCACACUAUAAACUUGCCUUACUCAAAGUACGUUUGGCUGCUGUCACAGUCGUCCACUCGCCCGUUGAGGGCUUCUUGGUUUUUGCCCACAUCACUUAUGCCCGAUUCCUCAAGGGCUACACAACUUGUUUCUCCCUGUAGAGACUCUGGAUCCCAAGUGAGACCUUAAUUUGGUUCAGUGCCUUGAGGACCCCCAGCUUUGUACUUAUGGUCACCUGUUCUCUCCUGCACUUCUCCCUCAGGACUUAGUUCUUUAUAGCCAUCUCUUAAAGAAUGGAGAGCUUGGUGCCGUUAUGGCAGACCCGCCAUUUACUACCUUCUAUAGAGAUGAGGUUACACUGCAUCCCCAUCCUCAGGUCUCUUCAGAAUACCACAUUAAUGAGGAGUGUUUUACCCAAAGCCUCUAGAGGGGAGACCAGUCUACUUACAUUAGGUGUCAGAAGGGAUCUCACCUUCUACCUUGACAGGACUAAGACCCUCUGGACUUCUCCAAGAUUAUUUGUGUCAUUUGCAGAGAGGAGGAAUGGACAACCUAUUUCAACUCUGACUGUCUAAAGAGUUCCAGGUUGCAUUUCCACCUGUUAGAACAGCACACUCCUCCAGAGCUCUAGCUCUGCUGAAAGAUGUUCCCAUAACAGAAAUGUGUAGUUCUGCAACUUGGUCUUCUGUUCACAACUUUGCCAAGCAUUCCGCCAUCUUACCUACUCCUAGGGGUACUACCUUUGGUGACGCAGUCCUCCAAACCAUCUUGGACUUACCUCCCCGUCAAGUUACUGCUUGGGAGUCUCCUUUGGUGGAGCACCCAUAGGGACAUAUAUACACUUGAAGGUGGAGGAGAGGUUACGUACCUUAUAGGACCUUGAGUACUUUGAGAUGCUUUGUCUCUAUGGAUGCUCCACCUCCCACCUUCCUUCCCCUCGGCUGUAGAGGCUCUGCUAGGUGGUAGAGACGGAACUGAGUGGCGACGAGUCCACUGCUCCUUAUAGGCUCUUGUUUGGAGGCAUAAGGGGCUGCUCUGUGCAGGUCUGCAGAUGCUGCUUUGCUGUCUCUGGUUGAGAGCACACAGGUGUGCACGUAUCUUACGGUGAGCACACCCAUAUGGACACAACAUCUCGAAGAACUCAAGUUACUGUAAGCUAAGUAACCUCUCCUUUUGUGUCACCUGGUAAUAUAGCAUUGCGCAUUCCUCCCUGAACUGGCUCUGGCCUCCAAGGGGCUCUGUAGACCUUGUCCAGGGUUAGGUUCACAAACAAAUGGGUUAAUAUACCACUGUGCAUAUCAACUCCCCUUCUAUGUGGUGACCCCCGGCUCUUCUGCGGGGGAGCACAUCCGACCGCCACAAGGAAUGACUACGCUGUUUCUAAGCCAGACGUUUUAUCCCGCAUUGAACGAGGGGAGGAGCCGUGUGUCGGGGAUCAGCGGGAAUCCCUGGAAGGAUUGGAGGAAAGAGACCAGAAGAAGGAAGGGCUGGUGGAAAGAGAAAUCGCUGUGGACCCCAGCGCAGGCCAGGCCAUUUCCAACCCUGACAUCCUGCCCCAGGCUGAAGGAGGGGAGGAGCCGUGUAUCAGGGCCCAGGGGGGUUCGCCAGACAGAGAAAUUCCCCUGGAGCCCAGCGCAGGUUCCACAUCUGCCACUUCACCCUGGAUCAAAGGAGAGGAAGAGCUGGAUGCUGGGGACCAGCAGGAAUUGGGGGAAGGAAGAAUUCUCACAGGCUCCCGCAUGGGUGAGCAAUGGCUGGCUGCCCUUGUGCAAAGCUCCCAUUGGCUCUGAGGGGGAGUGGGGCCCUAAGGGAUUGAAACACCUCAACGGAGCAGAUGAUGAGACAGCGAGCAAAGAGAAGGAGAAGCCCCGGAAAGGAUGUCUGGAGAAGCUGGAGCCGCAUGGGAUGUCAUCGGUGAAAUCAGAAGAGGAGGUUUUGCAGAGCCUACAGCAGGGAGCGGCUGCACAGCUGGCUAGCCCCGCAGUCAUCAGAGUGGAGAAAUCCACCCAGUGCGACCGAGACUUCAGCCUGCUCAAGGGCUUCGUGGUGCAGCCGGGAGAGAAGCCCUUUGCCUGCAGUGAAUGCGGGAAGAGCUUCCGGCUGAAGGGGAAUUUCGUCAAACACCUGCGGAGCCACGCCAAGGUGCGGCCCUACAAGUGCACCGAGUGCGAGAAGAGCUUCAACUGCCAGUCGGAGCUGCUGCGACACCAGAUGAUUCACCGCGGGGAGAAGCCCUACAAGUGCAGUGAGUGCGAGAAGAGCUACAGCCGCAAAGUGUAUCUGCUCAACCACCAGCGUGUGCACACGGGGGAACGGCCCUUCCAGUGCACGGCGUGCGAGAAAAGCUUCCGGCAGAAGGCCGUGCUCAUCUCGCACCAGCGCCUGCACACCGGCGAGCGCCCCUACAAGUGCAGCGAGUGCGGUAAGAGCUUCACUCAGCAGUCCAAGCUGACCAACCACUACCGUAUCCACACAGGCGAGCGCCCCUACAAGUGCACCCAGUGCGACAACAGCUUCAGCGAGAAGUCCAAGCUCAACAACCACUACCGCAUCCACACGGGAGAGCGGCCUUACAAGUGCACCGAGUGUGAGAAGAGCUACUGCCGCAAGGAGUAUCUGCUCAACCACCAGCGCCUGCACACCGGCGAGCGGCCCUUCCAGUGCACGGCGUGCAGCAAGAGCUUCAUGCUGAAGAGGAGCUUCAUGAAGCACCAAAGAAAUCACGUGGAAGAAAGACCCCACCAGGGCGGCCCAGCUGCUAAAAGCCAUGGCGGGUCUGUCGACCAUCAGGGUAACGACCCGGGAGAAGGGCUGAAGCGUUGCACUGAAUGCGGGGAAAGCUUCAUGGGGAAGCCUGAGCUAGAGACACACCAACAGGUCCAUGUUCGGGAGCGGCCACAUCAAUGUGGCAUGUGUGGGAAAAGCUUCCGAUACGAGGAAUCUCUGAAAGAACAUGAGACUCUCCACAGCACGGAGCAAGGGCAUCCGGAGGUUUCUCGGAGCCCCGGACAGGGAGCAGAGGCCGGACUCCUUGUUGUAAAGAUGGAAGAUACGUGGUAGCCAGUGGAGUUAACGUUCAGCAGGUGCGUUAGUCAGACGAAAGGCAGGAGGAGGAGUUGAAACGUCUAUGGUUUAGAGAGAGCUUCACCUCAUCAGAUCUGACUGUGUCUGAGCCCCUGGAGGAGAGGUGGAAACCCAGCCCGUAGACUUCCUUCUGUCACUACCUGAAAGGGGAACCAGGGACACCAGCUGAGGAGGAUCCUUCUCUCUCAACUGAAAAUGCAGCAACGGUACCGUGGGGACACGCAGGGGAACCAACUUCUGCUUGGGAAACAUCCCCACACGAUGGCAGGCGGACGGCACCGGGAGAUAGAAGGGACAUGAAUGACUAGGAGGGGGAUGGGCACUCUGUAUAGAGGGCCUGUCGCUGGGCCUCACUGGACAAGACUGAAUUGCAGUUGCUUAGGAUAUAAGCUGACAUCUCAAGUUCAGCCCCAUGGCCCACGUCCAAUAUAGUUGAGGAGGUCUGGUCUGCUCUUGUUACUAAUGCGACCCUCGCUUUAGCCUUCACUCGCCUUGAGGACAUCUGAGGUUCUGUGACUCCAGCAGAGGAGGGACUCAGGAGUAAAAUAAAAAAGGGGAGAUGAGAAAUACCCUGAAAAAAAUGGGGCACGCAUGGGAGAUUAGUAGGCACAGGUGCUGGAACAAUUUGUAUAGUGGGGUAUAAUGAGAGCCAUUGAACCAAACUGUAAACCCUUUAUAUGAUGGACACCCUUUCAAGCCAGCACCCUUGCUUCCUGCACCUAUGUUAGUAGGUAAAUCCAAAGAGAUGUUCUCCCAGACUCCGGACCCAGGUCACCACUGUGGAGCUUUUCACUUGGGCAGGUGGGGAGCGUGUGUGUGUGUGGGGUAUUUGUGUUAUUUUUUUACUAUGUAACAUGUACAGAUCUGAUCAUGACUUUUAAAACCUAAAGGUAACACUGUCACCUCAUCCUUCAAAGUGAGAAGGCAGUUGUUCCCACCAACAUUUCCUCAGCCAUUUCAGGGUUUCUCCCUGGAGCUUUUAUUUUGAUGUACGUACUAUAAUUUGCAUUUUCCGCUGUUCUUUCGUAUGGCUGGUGUAGAGCAGCAACUACAAUUUCACCUGAAGUUGAUCGAGCCAAAUGGCUACGUCAGGAGUAGCAGAAUUUAUUGCAGUGAUGCCUCCUUCAUAUUUAUCAGUUGGGCAGUAGGUAGUGAUAUGGUCGAUGGUCAGUCCUGGGGAACCACACUUGCACACCGGGGAGUCCUUGAUUUUCCAUUUGUGCAUUAGCUAGCCGCAUCUACCAUGGUUGGUUUGAAUUUGGUUCAGAGUUGACCAAGAUGACCGUGGAAGGUCAAACCUAGGAACCUUCUGCAUGGGAUCUGGCACAAGGUGCUUAGUCUUGUUUAGCCCAAUCUGCUUUCCAAGCCUCCUGAUCAUAACCUGAUUGCAUGAGGCUAAAUGAAUGUCCCCAGAAAGGUUUGUGGGACUUAAGACCUUGCGGGUGGGGGAUGGGGGGGUGUUGUCAAGGUCUUGAUGAAUAGGAAGGCAUCUGUUUUCCUGAAUUCGCUGAGCUUUGUUGUAUGUUGCAGCUGUUUGGUGUAUCGGCAGGAGAGCGAUGUUAGAC